AAAGUUUUUCUUGCGAUUGCAACGCAAUCGAUAUAUUUAUUCUUUAUUUUACUGAUUUAAAAUAUGCGUUCCAUUGUCGAAAAAUAGUGGUAAAGGUUCCCCAGGACACAUAGUACGAUAAUCAAAUGCUAUUUGUGAGCUAGAAGAAAUUUCCCCUAAUUAAUAAAAAAUUUAAGCUACAGCAAAAUGUCUCGCCAUCGAAAUGUACGGACUAUGAACUAUGAUGAAUACGAUGACGACGAUGAUUAUCCGUACGGGCACUCGGUGGAAGAUGAGUGCAUCUCCCCGACGGACGCCCAACAGUGGAUCUUCGACCGAGCUAGAGGACAGCACAGUAUGUCCUCUUUCCUUGCCAACAACCGGGACAUCGAAGAGGAAGACGACUCUGAACUAGCGGAGGCAGAGCAUGCAGCCGUGAAUCGUGCGAAAGGUCCACAUCACAGAAGGGAUUCGGAGUGCUAUCAGCUACCGGAAUUGAACGAUGAGGAUCGAGCUCGCCUAAUGUCCUGUAUGGACGAGAUAAGGAACAUUGUGGGUGAAUCCCUCUCCGAUCGGCAGCUGGUGGAAGCGAUAAUGAAGCAUAAUUACGAUUUUGACCUCGCUUUAGAUGAACUUCUGAACAGCAACAAGAGUCCACCGCUGUCGGACGUCGCAGAGCAGAUUACCACCGUAGAAGUCCAGGAGCCCAUCGAAAAAGGCAUCGGUGACCGAUUGCUGGAGAAAUCAGACAAGCUGCUCGUCCAAAUACCGUCACUGCUGAAAACGCCAGCUCAUGUCGCAGAACCAACUCAACCACUUAUCCUCAUAACGCCAACGGCAAAGAAAACCAAUGUCACAAGAGGCUUCGAAGUGAACAGCCCUCGCAUCCAGUCUCCUUCGGUGUCCGGCCGCAAUACACCGGAGAUCGGUGACGAUGCCAAGCAGUCACAAACACCGAAACCUUUGCCGAAGGAGCUUCAGCGCAAUGCACAAGAAAUGUUCAAGAAGGAACGCGGCAGCGGUAAGCAGCACAUCCAUAUGGUGGUCAUCGGUCACGUCGAUGCCGGCAAGAGUACGUUGAUGGGCCACUUGCUGUGCGACACUGGUAAUAUUAGUCAGCGGGUGAUGCACAAGAACGAACAGGAGAGCAAGAAGCUAGGCAAGCAGAGUUUUAUAUAUGCAUGGGUACUGGAUGAAACUGGUGAAGAACGGGAACGUGGCAUUACGAUGGAUGUGGGAAGUUCACGUUUCGAGACGGCAAAUAAACAGAUUACACUACUGGACGCCCCCGGUCACAAAGACUUCAUACCGAAUAUGAUCUCGGGAGCAAAUCAGGCCGAUGUUGCACUGCUCGUGGUUGAUGCUACAAGGGGAGAGUUUGAAACAGGAUUCGAACAAGGCGGCCAAACGCGAGAGCACGCCUUGUUGGUACGAUCGUUAGGAGUGAACCAAUUGGGCGUCGUUGUAAACAAAUUGGAUACGGUCGCCUGGUCCCAGCAACGGUUCGACGAAAUUGUAAUAAAACUGAAAGUCUUUCUGAAGCAAGCUGGAUUUAAGGAUUCCGAUGUAGUUUAUGUGCCCUGUUCUGGGUUGACAGGAGAGAAUCUAGUUAAGGAGCCAACUGAUAGCGAACUGCUUAAAUGGUACAAAGGACCAACUUUGCUGAAAGUUAUUGAUUCCUUCAAAACGCCGGAACGCUCAAUAGACAAGCCUUUCCGUAUGUCUGUUUCAGACAUUUUCAAGGGGACAGGCUCUGGUUUCUGCAUCUCAGGUCGAAUUGAAUCCGGAGUGAUUUGCGUGAAUGAUAAAGUUCUCGUGUGUCCCAGCAAGGAACAGGCAGUGGCUAAAAAUAUCGCCAUCGACGAGGUACAAUACACUACCUGCUUUGCUGGUGAUCAGGUCUCGGUUACUUUGGCGAACAUUGACAUCGCUAACAUCUCGGUGGGCUAUAUACUCAGCGACAUUUAUAACCCGAUUCCAUUGGCAACUAGGAUUCGAGCACGAAUCGUAGUAUUUAAUGUUAAGGUACCGAUUACGAUGGGUUAUCCAGUGCUGCUGCAUCAUCAAUCGUUGAUUGAACCGGCAACGAUUUGUAAACUGAAGGCACAGUUACACAAGGGAACCGGUGAAGUGGUUAAGAAAAAUCCUCGCUGUUUGGGUAACAAUUCUUGUGCUUUGGUGGACAUUGAGUUUCAACGACCGAUCUGCAUGGAGCGAUACGCAGACUUUAAAGAGCUGGGAAGAAUUAUGUUGCGCGUCAGUGGCGUUACUAUCGCUGCGGGACUCGUAACAGACAUUGUUAAGUAGACAAUACAGUGUUCAACAUUUUAAGCACGACGGUCGUUUGAAAAUUCAUUCGUUUGCAAUAGAAACUGGCAGG